AUGGUGAUGAUAUUAUACAUGGAGAUGCUAUUAUUGAUAUUGAUGGUACCAGAGGUGUUCGACUUUGACAUGCAGUGUCCUAAAUCAGGAUUUAAACGUGUCCUUAGACCAGCAUUUGAUUCAGAACUUUGUUCAUCAAAAAGAUACCAGCCCUUUCAUUUCAACACAACUGGUCACAACGUUUGUGUGUUUGAUAAGUCAGUCUGUUCGGAGGAAGGACAGCUAGCAUACGAUACAGGGACAACAAUCAAAGAUCGAACAUGUCGUUGCGACUACACAAGAGGUUAUGUAUUCAUAAUGAAACCUAACCAAACCGGUGGCUGUUUCUGUAUCCCAUCAGAGGAAGACUGCUCUUGUACAUUAAAAAAAUGUGAAAAGGAUUUUAUUUUAUCAGCAGAUUAUAAGUGCAUCGGACAAGAUGUAUUACCAACUGAUAAUGCUUGUCCAACAAUUCAAGUAAAUGAGAAAAAUACAACCAUACAAAUGACGUUAAAUUUACAAAACAAAGGUGAGAGAAGAACUGUACCUGUAAUUCCUGUAAUUGGUUUCUGGAUAGUGAUAAUCGCAUUGCCAUUUGUGCUAUUUGGUGUUGAAAGAAUAAAGGAUUAUUUCACAAGGGCUUUAAUUAUGUCGCCUUUGGAAGAUAUAACAUGUAUCGAAGGUCAGACAGCUGUAUUUACCUGUGAAUUGAGAAAAACCAACAUGAAAGUAAAAUGGUUAAAAGACUCGAAUAUUCUUUACGAAACUGGUGAUAGCAUGAUCAUUAAAAGUGAAGACAAAGUCCAUGUUCUAAUAGUUAAUAAUACGAAGAAGCUCGACAACGGUCUGUACUCAAUUUGUAUAAAUAAAGAAUCAUCAACAGCUCACCUAAAAGUGCGUGGAGUCGAACUGACGGUUGAGGAAGUUAACUAUCUGCGUUUGGUCCAUCUGAUGCUUCGAAUUGCAACACCUGUAGUUAGAGCGGUGUUUGACACGGAGUUUGACCCGAACCAACUGAGAAGUGGACAGAUUUUCAAAAGAAAUGAAAUUGAAAAAUUGGUCAAACAAAAACAUUUGACUGAGAAAGAUAGAGAUGUUGUACUUCCUGUUACACGCAACCCAUUCCCAUCAUCGGAGAAUUUUGAUAUAAAGCAAAUGAUAACCCUAAUAAGAAACUUCACCGAAAUCGAAAUAGUUGACGUUCUUCCGAAGUCCAGUAAUAAAAGUAAAGGAGCAGAUUUAUCAAGACUAAAGUUUUAUCGGAAUACGAUUGUCCAUAACGACGGAAGCUUUUCGAAAGAGGAUUUUACUUCAUAUUGGAACGAUAUAUGUAAGGCUGUUGUUCGACUGGGAGUAAAUGACAUUAACCAGGGGAAUACACCUAGAGAUGAACAUGACCCUUUAGCAAAAGCAAUACUUGAAUCAGUUGCAAAAGAUUACGAAGAAGGGAGAAACAGCAUUAAACAGUCUAUAACGAAAGAGGAGUUGCUGUAUCUUCGAAUUGUGCACCUGCUACACAGGGAGGCCUGUCCAGCUGUUAGAGUGAAAUUUGACGUUCUGUUUCCUCUAUUUAGCCUUAAACAAAUUCUUCAAGCAAAAGUCCAAAUUUUGUCUAAACAGAAAGGAAAGAAAAUUAGCCACGUACAAUGGGACCUAAUAUAUCCUAAAACAGGUAUUCCACUAUCCAGAAAUUUUAGCUUACAACUAAUGGCUACAUGUAUUUGGUUUGCAAGCGACAGAGAAAAGAUAACAAUGGAUGAAUGGCAAGCCAUACAGGAACUAGAAAAAUACAUUUAUAAAGUUGAACAACAUAAAGGUUUCCUAAACAUGACUGAUUUUAACAAAUACUGGGAUGAAAUUAGCAAGAGAAUUCUUUUCAUAGGAGGUGAAAAUUUUACAAGAAGCACUACCUACCUAGCUUUAAACACAGAACAUAAUACAAUCUCUGAAAGCACUGCAUCAUAGUGUUGAAGAUUAUACAAAACAAACAUAUUUUGAUGGACUCAACGUGAUAGGUACAGAUUAUGUAUAAUUAUAUAUUGUGUGCAUCGUUUAUUGUAUCCAAUGUUAAUUCAUGAUUUUGGCAUCAAGUUUCAACAACACAAGUGAAAGGAUUUGAAUCGUCCAUGUUAUAAUCAUAUCGAGAUCAUCUACGUAAUCUGGAAGAUUGUUCCCAAUUGAAAAAAAAACCGCUUUGUCAACAAAGUUCAGAUGAUCUGAGUCAUAAUACCCGAACUUUAUCGCAUGCGAUAGCGAGGGAUAUUAUCGAAAAUAUGUGUGUACAUGCACAUAAGUUACAAGACAUGUGAAUAAAUUGGGUGUAGUUUGUUACAGUAACAAUACGUACAUCUGUGAUUCUGUGUCAAGUAAAGUUAUAUCGAUAAAUGUAUCAUUCUGGGUUUUUUUAUAAAGAGAAAGAAGCAAGUCAUAAUAUAAUCUGUUAUGAUGCCAUAUGACAUCAGUGAUUUUGGUUUCGUAAGGUGUUUUCUUGUUUGCAUGUUU